UUGUUUGCAAAAUUCAUGAAGGACAUGCAUUUACGCAGGAAAAUUUCCUUUCAGGCCUGUUCACCUGUGCGUUUGUGCGUCUUUAGUACGCAAUACUGACAGGGCCGUUUCUGCCAAAUGUUAUUUGUUAUUGGCAACACUUCAGUGGAAGUACGUGCCGACACGUUCACCGAAACAAGUUAAUGGCAGAUGAAGCGUCUACAGAAAAGACGGAGAGCGUCGUUCCUGAUGAUGAGUGUAAGGAAAAGUACAAGAAAAGUGAACAUAUAUCAUUUUACAGGCGGCAUAAACAAACCCCUGGAGUGCAAUACUGUGUCUCUCUGGAAAGCUUAGUACUGACAGAGAAAGGGGCCAGCUUGGAACUCUUUGAGCCAAAGUCUAAGCUGCAUUUGCUUUUGCAAGUGAGGGCCUGCCGGGAGAGAACUGUAAGAAUUUCAAUAGAUGAGAUCCACCCAAUUAAAGUACGCUACAGAGUUCCAGAUGUUUUGAUUGGAGAGCUGGUGUAUGAACAGUUACGUGUGGAGAGAAAAGGUCAAGGUUUUGUAACACUGUCCUGGGGCCUGGGGCAGCACCAGGUGCGGAUCCACGAGGUCCCUUUCAAUCUGGAGGUUCUGUGUGGGGAAGAGGUGACAGCCGCACUCAAUCCAAAUGGGCGGCUGUUGUUUGAGACCCUGCAGGAUCCUCUAAGGAGUAACUCCACAGGAAAGCAGGGAGAUCAGUCAGGCCAAUGGCAAGAGACCCUUGGAGAGUUUGUAGAUGCGAAAGCCGAUGGUCCAGGUUCUGUGGGAAUGGACUUUUGCCUUCAUGGCUUCAACCAUGUGUAUGGCAUUCCAGAACAUGCAGACCGACUCCGACUGAAAGACACCAGUGAUUGUGAGCCAUACAGGUUGUACAAUCUGGACGUUUUUGCCUACCGUACGGACAGCCGGCUAGGCCUCUAUGGCUCUGUGCCACUGCUAUUCGCACACAAGUCUGACAGAACCUUGGGGCUCCUCUGGCUUAAUGCUUCUGAGACCACUGUAGAUCUGCACUACAAGCCCGAAGAUAGUGAGGAAGACAUGGCAGCCCCAGGGAAAAGGAGCAGAACGCCCAUCCAGACAGACGUCCACUGGAUCUCAGAGAGUGGAGUGAUUGACUGCUUCAUCCUCCUUGGGCCCACGCCUUCACAGGUCCUCUCUCAGUAUGCACAGCUGACAGGUUACCAAGCUCUUCCACCACUCUUUUCCCUUGGAUACCACCAAUGCCGCUGGAACUAUGAAGACGAAGCAGAUGUGAAGUCUGUGGAUGCCAGCUUUGACCACCACUCCAUCCCCUAUGAUGUGAUAUGGCUGGACAUUGAGCACACAGAUGGGAAACGCUACUUCACCUGGGACUCAAAACGCUUUCCCAACCCUGUUGAACUCCAACAACACCUGGCAAAAAAGAAGAGGAAGCUGGUGGUAAUCAGUGACCCCCAUAUUAAGGUUGACCCUGACUGGCCCCUCUACUGUGAGGCGAGAGAUGGAGAUCAUUUUGUGAGGGUCAAAGAUGGAGGUGUCUACAUAGGCUCCUGCUGGCCAGGUGACUCCAAUUACUUGGACUUCAGUUGUCCACAGACGAGGUCUUGGUAUGCCAGAUGCUAUUCUCUGGACAAGUACAAAGGGUCUACGGAAUCUUUGUUUGUGUGGAACGAUAUGAAUGAGCCCUCGGUUUUCCAUGGUCCAGAGCAGACCAUGCCAAAGAACACAGUGCAUCGUGGGGGCUGGGAGCACCGGGAUCUACACAAUCUCUAUGGGUUUUACCAGCACAUGGCCACGGUGGACGGGCUGAUAACCCGCUCUGGUGGAACUGAGAGACCCUUUGUUCUAUCACGCUCUUUCUUCGCUGGAUCUCAGAGGCUUGGUGCAAUCUGGACAGGAGACACAGAGGCCACAUGGGAUCACCUGAAGUUCUGCAUCCCUAUGCUGUUGUCCUUAAGUCUGGCAGGCAUUGCCUUCUGUGGAGCUGAUGUAGGAGGCUUUGUGAAGGACCCCGAGCCAGAGCUGCUGGUGCGCUGGUACCAGGCGGGGGCCCUGCAGCCAUUCUUCAGGGGCCAUUCUGACAAGAGCACCAAGCGCCGCGAGCCAUGGCUCUUCGGCGAGGCUGUGACAGCCAGCAUCCGCUCAGCCAUCCAGCAGCGCUACUGUCUUCUGCCCUACUGGUACACCCUCUUUCACCAGGCUCACACCUCUGCCCUGCCUCCAAUGAGACCCCUGUGGGUGGAGUUCCCUGGAGAACAGAGCACCUUCAGUGUGGACCAUGAGUACAUGAUUGGCAGUGCACUACUUGCUUGUCCUGUAACUGCACCAGGCAUUAAAGAAGUCAUGGUUUUCCUCCCAGGCUCGAAAGAGCUGUGGUACGAUGUUGACUCUGCUCGAGUAUUCAGUGGAGAUAGAAACCUGACUUACCCUGUGACACUGGACACUGUCCCUCUGUUCCAGCGCGGGGGCACAGUGGUGUCCAGGAGAGUGGGCCGUGGCACCUGCUCCUCUGACUUUCAAAAGCUCCCCCUCAUCCUGACCGUGGCACUGGACUCGAAGGGCUGUGCUGAGGGGCUGCUCUAUGAGGAUGAUGGGCACUCCUUCGAUUACCGUGACAGGAAGAAGUUCUCCUUGCGCAGAUUUGCCAUGAAGCCAUGGACCUUUGCAUGCAGUCAUGUGUGUGAGGACAGCACCUUCAUCUCUGGCAGCUCAGUACAGUCUGUACUCAUCCUGGGCAUGAGAAGAAGGCCGUCAGCAGUGACAGCUCACAUCUCAGGUAUCCAAGUUACACUGAUGUUCCAGUAUAGAGAAGACCAACACACAUUGACUUUGGGGGGGCUUGAUCUGGAAGUGGGUGGGGACUGGGAUAUCACGAUGCAGUAGGGACUGUUUUGUUUCUAGCAUGCAAAUUAUUCUAGAAAAGGUCCUCCCUGCUGGCUAAACAUGCGGCUAAACCUGUGUGUUGACAUAUUCUGCUUUUGACAUGUGAUGACAUAUUCUACCUUGGAUCCUAAAAACACAUUUUAAAGUAAUCUUGCAAGGGUUGUGCUAGUUAACUGACAGAAGGAUGAUCAAUAACCUAUGUCUUUGGUCAUUUCUAGAGGACAGUCAGGGUGGCAAUGUAAAGACUGUGUCAAAUGUUUAAAAUACUUUAUCUUGAAAUUCAAAGUUUGAUCUGUGGAAUGUGUGCAUCUUCUGUUCAUUUAAUAAAGUACAUAAAAUAUUCUCUA